CGGACUCGGAGAAGCUGACUGACAGCGUCAGAUUGAGGGUGCCACGUGCCAUUUGCACUGCCGUUCAAAGUCAUCAUAUAUCACUGGCACGGAGAAAAGCGAUGGCGGCCUUCACCAAUCGUUUCCUCUUCCCCGCGCCGCCACCAACCUACAACGCUGACCACUUCAAUGACAACCUGUGCUGGGUCCCAUGGUGAGAGGCCAACACCCCUUCCAUCCAUCCAUCAGAUACGUGAUGCUAUCUCUUCUUGAUCCUGCAGGAACCCAGCUGUCGGUCCGCUCGCCAAGUACGUUGCUCUGCAUCACCCGGAGAAUGCAGAUGGGAUCCCGUGCCUGUGGUUCCCAGCAGAAAGGUCAGCACUGAUGGCCCAUGCCAACAUGCAGACAGAUGGGCACUCGGGCUUGACCGUUCCUCUUGCUCAGGGCCGCGACGGUUGUGAUGUUUCUUCACGGCAAUGCUGAGGACCUGGGGCUCUGCUACCCCUUCCUCAGGCACAUGAGGGACCAAUUCAAGGUGCAACGCAAGACACACACAGUCGCAUGACGCACCUCAUCUUGCGUGAACCUGAUUGGGUUCCGCCAGGUGAAUGUGUUGUCCUGUGAGUACCCUGCCUACGGGCUGCUCAAAAACCUCUCGCCGUCGCCCGAUGCCGUCAACGAGGUCAAAAAGCACGAAGAAGUGAGAAUAGAGGCUCCUCAGAUCCCUUGUUCUGCUAUUUGUAGGUCGUGACGACAGUGUUGCGGUAUCUGGUGGACACGGUGGGCGUCGCCUACCCCCAAAUAUUCUUCUUCGGAAGAUCUAUCGGUAGGCGUAAGCGCGAGGAGAAGAGCACAAAGGAAACAUCAUGUGACCUGUCAGGCUCUGGCCCGGCCGUACAUGUCGCCUCUCGCUACCCUGUCGGAGGCCUGAUCUUGGUAGGCAGAGACAUACACACAAAUCUGGACCCGUUCAUGUGUGAUACUGACUGGCAGGUGUCGCCCUUCACAUCGAUCCGCGAUGCUGUCAAGAGUAUCGUGGGUACACAGCAACAAAUGACAAUGCCACACUGCCAUUCGCAGCUCUUGUGCAUGUGCUUCCUGUCAGGGCCGAUUCCGUCGCUUUUCUUCCAGGACCGGUUCGUCAAUAGCAAGCUAAUCCAGGUAAGUGGCUUGAUGGACAGAGACACUCGAAGAAAAGAAGCACCUGUUCGUUUUCUCGCAGAAUGUGUCGUGUCCCACUCUGUUCAUCCACGGCGAGUGCGACUACCUCAUCCCUCUCUCACACUCAGAGGAGGUCGGCUGGGCCCAGAAGAAGAGACGUGAGACACUCAUGGAGACAUCUGUAUGCUUUCAUCAGCUCCACAGCCGUUGUCGGUCCAAGAAGCUUCUAGUGUGCCCCCCACACAUGGAGCACAACUCAAAUCUCUUUUGUGACGCCGAAUUCCUAGCCAUACCGGUGAGGAAGACACCUAUGCACCGGUAGAUAAAGCAGUGCAGCGCCUUACCUUUAUCGCAUCUCAGGUGAUCAACUUCUUUGGUUUCCCCGGAUAUGCGAUCGACAACCCACCACGCUUACCCGAGCACAUCUUCAGGGCCGGGUGAGGAGCCCUUGGGAGGAAGGGGUCUGGAUGGAUGCAGAUUGUCAGCACCUUGUGCCUCGUUUACUCUCGACAGGAAGAAACAGGUCAAGUUGACGGUUGACCCGUCUUCGUUCGUCCCGUGGGUCUGCAGAAACGGCAAGAGGGUAAGAAAUGCCCACCGCUCAGGCACACUGACAGCGCUGAUGGCCACCCUGUUUGUGGUGCCUGUUCUCAGAUGCAAAAUGACGAAUUCGAAGUUCCUCUACGCCACUCUUCAAAAAGUGUGAACGAAACGGAACAUUGUUGCACCGCCGAGCGUGACGUAUGCGCCUUCCUUGAUGUGUCUCGUGCAGGCGUCAGCUCUCAGCACCCGUCUGUCUCCUGCGAGGCCAUGCGCUUUCCGCCGUGUCCACCGCAGCCACCAUGCAAUCACCUCACACACGAGGGAGAGGAAGACUUCUCCGGUAUGUACCCACAUCAGUGUCUCCUACUGACAAUCACCUCUGUCGGUGUGUGCAGGUGAGUUCGACCGGUUGGUGUCGUCUGACAGCCUAGCCUCGGAUUGGGACGACAUCCUGCCGGUAGAGGAAGAGAGAGACAGUGCACACAUACCUGGAGACAGCGGCCAGUAUGCACACAGACGGUGAGGACGCAGUGUACCGACGCACCGAUCGGCACCCACACCAAUGUCUGCAUGGGCGUCUUGUGUGGGUGCAGAGCGGUGUGUUCGUACCCUGAUGGGAACGGCAAAGGUCUGGGUGGUGAUGUACUGCCGCGGCCACCCACCGGCAGCAACAUGAGCGAUGCGCUUACGAGAAAUGACUCCAAUGCUGACAGAAUACGAGGUGACGACGACAUACGACAUGGACGGCACAGCAGCUUGUAUGCGUGUUAAUGGCAUUCAAUUGCCUGUAGAUGAGGAUUCUUUCAACUCGCUUGAUUUCUGGGAAGGGGACCUACACACGCCAGAAGAAGCGUCCUUGAGGUGAGAAAACGGAGACACCACCCAAAUUCUGGGCAUUCAUCCCCGAUGAUGCCCGUUUAUCUAUUCAGGCAGUCGCUGCCGCCCUCAGCGCCUCCGAAGCGGUUCCAAGAGGCCACGUCCAUUUCAUGGCCACCAUCAAGAAGGCAGAAACUCUCACCAAAAAACGCGCCCGUCAACACGUCCCUCCUGGUCGACGACGUGUUCCUCCCCCCGUCCCGCUCCCUCCCCGAGCCGCUUCGCCAGCCAUCGCUCUGCCCGCAGAGGCGCUUCUCUCCCCCACCCUCUGUGUCGCUUGCGUCGUCGGACUCGGUUGAUGAGGCUGUGUGGGCGGAUGUCGUGCUGGCCGGCCACAUUGGGGCGAGGAACGUCCCGAGAAGAGUCAGAUAGGAUGGAUUGAGUGCAUUGCUCUUGCACGUGUGGACAUGUGCGUGUGCGUAUGCGUGCGCGUGUGCGUGUGCGUGCGCGUGUGCCCUGUUGUUGUCAAUGCAAUGCCUCCAUCCCCC